AUGGACUAUAUCGACGAGCCAGAGGUGCAGAUGCUGUCAGAGACAUGGGAUGAGUUUCCCCACCAACCCGACAAAACAGCUAACUUCUACCGGGACCUAUCUCGCAUUAUGCUUUCCUUGAGCCAAUGUCCAUUACCUCGGAUAGGAUCUUGGACGAUAGACUCAGACGGAGUAUUACAACUUUCCAAUCGGCCGCUCACUCUUCGCCUCCAUCAGCUGGAAAAUGCGGGUAUCCCAACUAAUAUCGGUCGGAAUUUGACUUAUCCAUCCACUGAUUCAUAUUACCUCGAUAUUUUGUCCUGUCAUGACAGCCGUAUACGACACCAGCCCAACUCCAUGGAUGACGAGGAGGACGGACGUGCCCAGAUAGCGAACCUGAGCAUCAUGCGAGCGCUUCUUCCUCACUUCACCGACCGAGAGUUCCGCCAAGGACCGUUUUUCUACAAACUCACAGACUUACACCCAAGCAACAUCUUCGUCGACAACCAAUGGCAUAUCAAAUAUCUAGUCGACCUUGAGUGGGCAUGCUCACUUCCAUCAGAGACCUUGCGCCCUCCGUAUUGGUUGACCGGUUGUGCUGCAGACAACAUUCUUGGUGAAGACCUUGACACAUUCAGCAAAGCAUACGACGAAUUUAUGGAAAUCUUUGAGGAGGAAGAGAGACGAUAUCCGCCUCUAUUCAAUGUCUGCUCGUAUCGGACAAAUAUCAUGAGAAAAGGCUGGAAAAUCGGAAACUUCUGGUACUUCCAAGCCUUGGAUAGUCCCAAGGGCCUAUUUAACAUAUUCCGUGACCAUAUCCAGCCGAAAUUCGCAAUGUCUCAGAGUGCUGAUCCAUCAGAAUUCUCGAGAAUCGUAUCCGAGUACUGGGCUGUAGAUGCGAAUGAUGUUAUGGCGGACAAGUUGAAAGAUAAGGAGAUGUACGAAAAAGAGCUACGCCUGCGCUUUCAAAAUGGUUCUAAUGGCACAUGA